AUGAAGCUCAUCGUCACCGGUGCAACCGGACUACUCGGUACUGAAGUUAUCCGACAGAGCCUACAAAACAAUAAAAUCACCCAGGUCAUCGCCCUUGCCCGCAAGCCCGUUCAGGUCGACAUCAACUCCUCCAAGCUAAAGAGUGUCGUUAUCCGAGACUAUGGAGAAUAUCCCGAUGAUGUAAAAGCCGACCUUUCAGGUGCAGAUGCAUGUAUAUGGACUGUUGCAGUAACGCCCUUCAGACAAACCCAGUUUGAUUUCGCCGAGAUCAGGCGCGUCUGUCGGGAUUGCACCGCUGAAGGAUUCAAUGCCAUUUAUGAGGCCGGAUCAGCACGUCCAUUGCGCUUCCUGUAUGUGAGUGCAACUGGCACGCCGCGCGACCCAGCACAGAGACCUAUGGUUUGGGGGGAUUAUCAAGUCAUGCGUGGCGAAACUGAACUCAUGGUUCUCGACUUCCCAUCCAAGUACAAGGAUGUCGAAGUCUGUAUUGCCAAACCGGGUGCCAUUACAAACUCAAAUUCGUGGUUUAGGGUUGUUAUCGGCUCUAUGUUUAGCGUUCUUAAUCUCUUCACCCGCGCGAUUCCAAAUGUGCACCUAACUGAGGUUGCUGCUGCUUUAUUGAAUCAGGCGGUGCAGGGGUUUGAGCAGGAAACACUGGAUAAUAGUGAUUUGGUUCGUAUUGGACAAGCCGAGCUCCAGUCCCAGAAGGCGUCCCAUUUGUCUUGAGGAUAUUCAUAUAUAACUGUUUGUUUUCUUGACUUUUUGUCUUCGGGAGGUAGUUUUCUUGGACAAAUUUAUGGUAUCUCGAUGGAUUGACUCAGUUGCUAUAAAUCCAUCCUGGUGUGCUUUGUUGUAUAUAUCUAACUCCAAUUCUAUGAU